CGCAGACUCGCAGUUUCCCUCGUGCCCUCCAAAUACCUUACCAGAAGUAUUCCGCACCAUGGCAACAUGGAAAGUGCCCCACAGCUCCGAGCAUGAUGCUUACUAAGCCAGAUACCUCGACAUUCCACCACAGCCACAUCUACACUUUAACAAACGACAACACCAACAAAUUAACAAUAUCUCCUACCUUGCACAUACAACAAGGUCGACUGAGUGUUGGAAAACUCAAUCACUCACACGAAUCGAAGCUCGACAGAUUUACAUCUUUGUGGUUGAUGCACUACCGAACCUAGGGUAGGCCGAAAUCGUCGAGGUCGGUCAGACAUCAAGCCACUUGAAUUCGAGAUCGAGUGCCACAAUCAUAUCCGUUAAACCGCAUAUCCUUUUCGCGCCACUGCAGGAAGUGAUCAUC